AUGGCACGAGGUCUUUCUUUCGCGUUAAUAUGCGGGCUGUUGACCCUCGCGAAUGCUGUGGCCCCGUACUCAGCGUCAUGGUCCAGCACAAGUUAUGGACCCGAUGGUCCGUGGAACGCGGUGCUCGUCCAACUGGGCUUCGGUAACAAUAAGCAGUCCGUUGCGCUUUAUCCUGGUGAUCGCUGGGCGAGCACCAUCCUCCUCGAUACCGUAUGCUCGACGCCCAAUCUCACCGGAUCCUCCUGCCUCGCCGAAAGUGCUGGGACCUACAAUGUCGGGGCGUCUCGCACCGCUUUUAUUCCAUCCAGCAAUUCCAACGAUGCGAGCGAUAUGACGUGGGUCUCCGGUACGGAGAAUGUCUUUGUGAACAAAUUCAGCGGCGAUGCGUACGUCAAGAAGGGCCAGCUUGGGGAGAUAUUUAACAUCGCUGGGGCGUCGAUAUCCAAUGUCAGCGUCAGUGGUAUCUACGAAGCCUAUCAGACUUAUCCGAAUGGCAAGAAAUAUCCGGUGGAAGUGGGCACGUUGGCACUUGGUGCGCCUGCGCUCAAUCAGACGGUGGACAACGGGACCUACCGUCUGGUUGAGUCUUAUCUUUGGGAGAACGGCCAGAUUCCUUCAUAUUCGUGGGGUAUGCAUAUCGGCUCAGUGGCGCCAAGUAUUGCUGGAUCGCUGGUAAUGGGGGGUUAUGACCAGGCUAGGGCUAUUGGCAACGUCAGCAGCCAGCCGGUGAAUUCCACAAAUGGUCUCGGCACCCUAGAUAUCAACCUGUUCGAUAUCGGACUCGGUGUCGCUAUGGGGAAGUCGCCGUGGAAGUUUAACAGCAUGAAUGGUCUUUUCCGGAGAGAUAAUAGUUCAGGGGAUAGUUCGGCCUCUGUGCAAAUUGACCCCACCAGACCAUAUCUCUAUCUUCCUAAGGAUACCUGUGAUGCCAUUGCGGAGCAGCUUCCUGUCAGUUAUAAUGAAGGACUUGGCCUUUACUUCUGGAACACCUCCGUCCACCAAUUCGAGCACGUCACCAAUUCUCCAGCAUACCUUUCUUUCACAUUUGAGAACAACGCAGGUGCAGAUGCAUCUACGCCAAAUAUCACCAUCAAAGUGCCAUUCAAUAUUCUCAAGCUUACACUACAAGCACCACUUGUUGAGCAAAACACGACCUACUUCCCUUGUCACCCAUCGGAUGAAUAUGUACUCGGCAGAGCUUUUCUACAAGCAGCCUUCCUAGGCACGAACUGGAUGAAUGGAACUGGAGGAGGCUACUGGUUUUUCGCUCAAGCUCCAGGCCCGAAUCUGCAGGGCGAGACUAUAACAACAAUCCAGGUCACUGACACCACAGUCGUGCCUGGCUCGGGUGCUUGGGAGGAUUCCUGGUCCGGCUGGUGGCACGUUAUCCCACACGGAGGUGGUCUAUCACAGGGUGCAAAGAUAGGCAUUGGUAUUGGCUGCGGUGUUGCUGGUGCACUAGCCGUUUGCCUCAUUGGGCUUUUAGUCGCCCGUUGCAUGCGAAAGAAGAAGAACAUUGACCCAUCAGAAGACGACGAAGCAACAGAGUUGGCUACUUCGAAUAAUGCUACGGAGGUGGCUGGACCACCUCCCGACACACCGGAGGUUCCGGGCACUCCAGAUCACCCAGGCCACGCCGUCGGUGCAUUUGAGCAGGCCACUGUUGUAUCCAAUGGAUCCAAUGGAUCCGGGCAAGCUGACCCCGAUACUGACCUGCACGGGGUCUAUGGAGAUAAACCACCCCCGUGGUCACCGCCGCUACAGCCAUUACUCGGACAGAUGCAAUCAAUGCCCGGGCAUAGUCAACCAGUACCGGGGCUUGAUCCGACAAUACCUUCAUAUGAUAAUCCUAUGCCGGGACAUCCUCAGUCUAUAUCAGAGCAUGAUCCGGCAAUACCGUCGUACGAUAACCCUAUGCCAGGACAUGACCAAUCCAUAUUAGAGCACGAUCCGACAAUACCGUCUUAUGACAACCCCAUGCCGGGCCACGUUCAAUCUGUAUCAGAGCACGAUCCGACAAUACCUUCAUAUGAUAAUCCCAUGCCGGGACAUCCUCAAUCCACAUCAGAGCAUGAUCCGACGAUACCUUCAUAUGAUAAUCCCAUGUCGGGACAUCCUCAAUCCAUAUCAGAGCAUGAUCCGACAAUACCGUCGUAUGACAAUCCCAUGCCAGGCCAUGGCCAAAGCACCAAUCUUCAUCACGAUGAUUAUGAAGAUGCUUACAAUGAUUACAUUGCACAUAUACCCUAA